AUGAACGUGAUCUACCCUCUGGCGGUGCCCAAGGGGCGCCGGCUGUGCUGUGAGGUGUGCGAAGCCCCGGCCGAGCGGGUGUGCGGGGCUUGCACAGUCACUUACUACUGUGGUGUGGUUCAUCAGAGAGCUGAUUGGGGCAGCAUCCACGAGAAGAUAUGUCAGCUUCUGAUCCCCCUGCGCACCUCCAUGCCCUUCUACAACUCGGAGGAAGAACGGCAGCAUGGCCUGCAGCAGCUGCAGCAGCGUCAGAAGCAUUUGAUUGAACUCUGCUACACCGUUGCCCAAAAAUACAUCUUUGAAGGAAAACACGAAGAUGCUGUCCCGGCAGCUUUGCACUCUCUUCGCUUUCGCAUGAAUGUGCAUGGCCUGAGUUCAGUUGAGCUGGUGCCUGCCUACUUGCUGUUGGCUGAAGCCAGCCUUGGUCUGGGCCGGGUCGUCCAGGCUGAGGAAUAUCUAUCCCAAGCUCAGUGGACAGUCCUCAAAUCAACCGAAUGUAGUUAUGCCAUCCACUCCUUACUGCAUCGGAACCUGGGACUUCUCUACAUGGCUAAGGAAAACUAUGAGGAAGCCCGCUAUCAUCUGGCCAAUGAUAUUUAUUUUGCCAGUUGUGCAUUUGGAACAGAGCACAUCAGGGCCUCAGGAGGCUACUUCCACCUGGCCAACAUCUUCAAUGGCCUUAAAAAGUUGGACCUGGCAGACACAUUGUACACCAAGGUCUCUGAGAUCUGGAACAAAUAUUUGAACGAUCACUAUCAAGUCCUCUCACAGGCUCGCAUCCAACAAAUAGAUCUACUGGGCAAACGAUUUGAGACUGACACUGGCUUGGAUGAAGCCCAGGAAGCAGAAGCUAUUCAGAUCCUGACUUCAAUCUUGAACAUUCGAGAAUCUACAUCUAACAAAGCCCCUCAAAAAACGAUCUUUGUUCUCAAAAUUCUGUUCAUGCUUUACUUCCUGAUGAUGAAUUCUUCAAAGGCAAAGGAAUAUGCCUUGAGAGCCCUCCACCUAGCCAAAAAGCAGAAGCUCAGUGUCCAGGAACAAGACACCAUUCAGGGUUUACUAAAUCUCAUCUCAGUUGAGGAAGCUCAACCCAUUACUUAA